AAAGGAUGGCUGAAAAGUUGGACAACGCUUUGCUGCGAUUCCUACGAAACCGUGGCGUACCAGAAGAGUGUCUGUCACGCAUGCAAGAAGACCGUAUUGACGCAACAGUUAUUGACUGCAUGGAUGAUGGCACUCUAUCUGGUUACAUCCCAACAUAUGGGGAUCGCAUAGCAGCAAGACGCUUCAGUUUGGAAAGUAAAGGUACAAAUUCAAAAGCUUCAACAAAACAUUCACUGCUUGAAAAACUAAAGAGGAAGAUGGGCCUUGAUGGCAGUGAUGAUACAAACUUGGAUGAAGCCGAGACAUCUAAUCCAAAGCGGAAAACGCAACAUGGAAAAUCUAACAAAUGGGCAGAAAAAAAGACCAGAAAAAUCGAAUUGGGAUGGAUUCAUGAAGGCAAACAAGUGAGGAAACGCAGGGGAGGAGGAACAAGGACACUUGAUGUGCCCAAAGGUUCAAAGAAAUCAGAUCUUAUUAAUUAUUCCAAAGAACUUUUCUUCCCAAAUGGGAAAUGUAGAUUUGGACAUUUUGAGACAUUCAGUCAUGACAUUUUGGACUUCCAGGAAGAAGCUGUGUUGGAUGAAAACAUCACUGUGGGGGAACUAUACUCUGUACUGAGAUUAGGGAUGUUAAGAUUUUACCUGUGCACUAAAAGUCAGAUCAGUUUAGAUGUUGAAGAAUGUGGGGAAGAGAAAUCUGAUGAAAGUAAUCUGGAAAUGGCAGACAUUCUUAAAGAUGACCAAGUAACUGAAACCAUAGACAUUCAAUCAUCAGAUUUUGAACUCGAUACAGAUGCACUGUCAGACACAUCUGAGGUGACUUUUGGCCCAGUCCAUGGAGAUCCCAUAUCUGGUCAACUUGAUGACACUUUGAUAUUUCAACCCAGCAUGCAGUUUGAAGGAGAAGAAUCAGAUGUCAUAUCUAUUGAACUUCCUUCCACAAGCACAGCACACUUCACUUCAGUAUCAGCUUAUGAAGCAAGCACCAGUACAGCAUCGUAUGAAGUGGUUUCUAUCACUGUGAAACUUCACCGUAGCAAUCUCCUUGAGGAGUUGAUAACACAGUUUAAAGAUCAAACACUCCUAAGUCAAACCCUGAAAUUCAGUUUUAUAGAUGAAAAAGGAGCUGAUGCAGACGGCGUCUCAAGAGACGUCUAUGCUGCUUUUUGGACUGAGUUUAUGGAUCGCAUAGCAGAAGGGGAGGAAUCGAGGGUCCCUUCGUUGCCUAAUAAAUGGCAGAAAGAAGAAUGGAAAUCCAUUGGCCGGGUCCUUCUUAAGGGAUUUACAGAUCAUGGAUACUUUCCUUGUCGCUUUGCCCCUGCUUUUUCAGUUGCUCUCAUUUUUGGUGAGAGUGAAGUCUCAGAUGAAAUGCUAUUAGAAAGCCUUCUCCUGUUCAUCUGUCAAUCAGACAGAGAUCUUGUGACCACCGCCUUAAGACCAGACAGUCUGAUUGAGGACCGAGAUGAACUUAUAGAUCUUUUGGAUCGUUUAAAUGUAACUACACUUCCAACAGAAGAUAAUUUAAAAGCAAUCCUUGUAAGUGCAGCACACAAGCAUUUGAUUCAAAAACCAAGAUCUGCAGCAGAACAAAUGUCUACAACAGCUAGCCACAUUUUAAAGGAAUCAUUUUCCACACCACAAGCAAUACAUCAGGGGACUGGAUGA